UGCUACAGUUUCCGUCUCCGUGGGAGGGCUGCUUUAUUUCCCUCCCUCUUUAAGAAUGCAAAAAUAGGAGGAAAGGGGGGGGGGACCUCAACUGUGACCAAGCAGGAAAGAGACAUUUCAGAAGUAGGGCGCACAUGAGAGAGGCGUUCACACGCCUCCCACGGAUGGGUCUCGGCCACUUUUCCACGGAGGUUCUUCCCAAGUAGGAGGGCUUCUGGGUGCCACCAUCCCCUAAAGCCCGCAGGAGGCCGACGCAGGAGCAACCCAGAGCUCCUUGAGUGGCCGGCGGGGCCUUCAAAGGGUCCCGCUCACAAGCGUGGCCCCUGCUGACCCCCCCCGCCCCGCUUGUGCUUCUUCUGCACCCAGGCAGAGGCACCUGCCCGCAAGCACAUUUCGUGCACGCCCGGCCAAGCGGACUCUAGUCCUCGAGAACUCCUCUCCAAAGUGGCGCUGAGUCUUCAGGCUCGCUUUGGACAAGGGCGUGAGCUGCCAGGGGCCGGGGCGGUGGUAACCGUGAGCUUGGCAGGCUCCAACGGGACCAACCUCAUGCGCCCCGGUCUCCAUGUUGCCUCCGGAGGUGCCUGGCUCUUCCAGACACACACCUGGGCUGGGGUCUUCUUCCAGGGGCGAUGCCACCCUUCGGCUAUGCUGCCAUCCUCUCUCUCCUGCUGGCGGCUGCAGGGUGCUGGAGCCAGGAAGCUGCCACCGGACCCGGUUGCCACUUGCAGCCUUUCAACGUGACCAUCAAGAGCGACCAGCGGGGCAGCUGCCGCGGCACUCACAUGCUCCAGGCGUGCGUGGGCUACUGCGAGUCGAGCGCCUUCCCCUCCAAGUACGCCGUCCUCCGGGCCAGCCACUUCCGGCACAACCUCACCUCCGUCUCGCAGUGCUGCACCAUCACCAAGAUGCAGAAGAUCAAAGUGCGGCUGCAGUGCGGGGCCACCCGGCGCAAGACCUUGGAGGUGUUCACGGCCCAGAACUGCCAAUGUGACGCUUGCCGCCUCUCCCGCUACUAGGGGAGGCCAGGCCGGGGGCCUCGGGGUGGCUGCUGAAUGUGGGGCCUGAAGGGCCCGCAGACACCCCCCCUUGGAGACAACCAGGGGAGAUCAACCAGGGACCCCCCCUUCGGGGCGGGAGGGGCCCUGCAGAGGGCUCAGCCCUCCCCCCUGCCCACACAGAGACCCUUCCCCCCAAAG